AUUUUAUAUCUUUAUGUUUGAAGCCUGAAAUGUGGCAAGAGGUUGACCAGUUCUAGGGGGCCGAAUACUUUCGCAAGGCACUGCAUAUAAAAGCCUCUUUUUGGACUUUAGUGUGUCAUACACUUCGACCUUUAGGCAGACUGCAUAAGUUGUAUGAAACCCUUAAAAGUAACAAAAGUUUACUACUAAGGAAUAAUAUAAUAGUAAAAAUUCUUAAGUGUUGAUUUUAUACUCUGAGAAAUUUACAAUUCAUCUAAUGUGCAUUAAAGUGGAUAUCAUGCCUCACUGGCCUUUUAGUUGAUCUUGAAAAUAUUUCAACAGCAGUUUCUGCAGUAAAAGCUUAUUUUUAUUAUUAGACUGUAUUCUACAAUUUUUUGUAACCAUGACAUAUUUGUUUCGCUAUUUAGUUAGCGAUUGUUUGCAUUACUGCUUCUCUUUGUAACAAGGCAGAAAUACAGUAGAUGCCAUCACUCUGGGAAGUGUUGGUUAUAUCUAAGUUGAAUAAGUAUGGUGCUAGAAAUAGUGCUCAUGAAUUUGUCUCAGAUAAACUAGGAUGCUAGAUGAAGAGACAAUGGAGCUGCGGAUGCCCUGACAUGUAAGGAUGCUAAAGUAGUUAAAGUAGCUGUCGAUGCUGAGGUUGCAUCACCUGACAAAGCUGACUGACAACACACAAAACUUUAGACAUCUGGAAGCGCACAAAAAUACGCUUUUAGUGUGGAAGUCUUGUUUUUGUGUUUAUCCAUGAUAACUGAACUCAUUCAUGAUUCCCUGAAUGGGGCGGGGCAAGGCAGGAGCAUAAACAGAGAAGAGGCUACUAAGUCAGGAACAAAUACAUUUAUUUCUUUUCACUGAACAAUUUUACAAAAUUGUAAAUUAUGAACCCACUUUUGUAGUUUUCUCUUGAUAUGGUAGUAUUUUUUUACUUUUCUUGUACAAUUUCAAAUUCUAAAUGCAUGUUUACCACCUAGGUGGACUUGGUAAAAAGUCUUGGAAAAGUACAUAAAAAAAUGUAUUUAUUUUUCUUCAUUGCUAAAGAUGACUGAAAACACUGAAACAAGUGAAACUGUAAUUCAUGUACAAAAGGUUGAAGAAUGAAAACACAUACAUGCAGUGUGGUAAGUUUGCAGUGGUACACAGCCUAAGUAAGUUACAAUAAUCCACCAUAUUGACAAAAUGGUUGUUAAUUUUAUUCUUUUUUUCAGAAAACUGAAAAUAACUGCUUUUCUGCUUGUUGGGUGUUGCAGCACAAUUCUGGUAAAGUUACACAAGCAGUGAUGUUGACGCAAUGUCAGGAAAGUCUCUUAUUUCACAUUGAGCAUAUACCUACAAGGGUAAUGCUUGUGGGUUUUUGUGGGCAUGCAUGAAAAGAAAUUGUAAUUUAAUAAAAUUAUCACUAACACAGUGAGCAUUUUUAGUAGAAAUUGAAACUUGUUUGCAGUGAAACAAUCUGUAAUUAAAUUUAUAUUUUUCUUACAAUUUUUUUUACUAUUUCUUUUUCUAUAGUUUGCACAGUUAAAAUAUUUAAAAUGACACGAACAACGUCCACAUGAAUAAGAAAUUCUCAAUUGGUACUGCUCUUUUGUACCUCACAUAGUUCUACUGUUUUUUUUUAAAUAUUUCCUUCUAUAUUUAAAUAAACAUAUUAUUGUAUUACAUUUCUUGUUAUAGGGGUGCAUAAGGUUCUGACCAUCCUUUUCUGGAAAUGUCCCCCAUGACUCAGUGAAGACAGAAAUUGGACUCCAUAGGAACACACCUGUUGAUGUUAACUUGAUGUAUCGGUUUCAUGCAGCCUCCAUCAGUAUCACCGUCUGCUUCUUCACAUAGUGAAGUUUUGCUCUGCUUUCAUUACUGCCAAAUGAGGAACUUACAGAUUACAUUUUACAAUUUAGACAAACUGAUGUUUUAACUUUAUGUUACUGUUAUUGUUAAAAUAACUGCAGAUAAUCACGGUAUACAUGUUUUCUCAUCCACGUGAUGCAUGAAUUAUUCACACUGCAGAGCCCCUGAGCUUCUCGGAUAUAGACACACUUCUCUCAUGCUCUGGUCUCAGCUGGACUGCUUCUUUUCACCUCUGUUUAGUUAAGUGUUGCUGUUCAUUAGAAAACAGGAUGGUGUCCCCUGCCAUUGCUUUGGCCUUUGUCCCCCUUCUGCUGACACUGAUAAUCAAGUACCGCUACUUCUUUGUGCUGUUCUAUCGGGCGGUCCUGGUUAGGAUUUGGAGGGACUGUGUUACUGGUUUGAGCCGCGAGGAGCGUGCGUUCCAGUAUGUUCUGACCAAUUCCACCCCUGGAGACCCCGACAGCAUCCUUGACGCAUUUGAUUACUGGUGCAGCAAGGUGGAGUUCAUCAGCAACAUUGGGCCUAGAAAAGGCAAAAUCCUGGACCGACUGCUAAUGGAGCAAAGCCCUUUGACAGUGCUGGAGCUGGGUGCUCAUUGUGGAUACAGCACAGUGAGAAUCGCCCGGGCUCUGCCUCUGGGGGCUCGGCUCUACAGCAUCGAGAUGGACCAAAGAAAUGCUGCCAUCGCUGAGAAAAUUAUCCGUUUGGCAGGAUUUGAUGAUGACACGGUGGAGCUCAUUGUGAAUCCAUCUGAUGAGGUAAUUCCUCGGCUGCGGUCUGACUACAACUUGGAGAGGCUGGAUUUUGUCUUCAUGGACCACUGGAAGAAAUGCUACCUCCCUGACCUGCAGGCCCUGGAGGGAUGCGGUCUGAUGGGAAAAGGGUCGAUGAUUUUGGCUGACAACGUGCUGUUCCCUGGGGCCCCAAAGUUCCUCCGAUACCUCCGGAAGUGCGGCUUGUAUGAAUGGAAGAUCCACCGAGCCAUGCUAGAGUAUAGCAAGGGUAUCAGGGAUGGCAUGGCCGAGCUGGUCUACCAGGGAAUUAAAUAAAAUAUGCGUCUACUAUUCAAAUACUCCAUGAUAAUCCAUGAUCAUUUUAUAACAAUUUUGUAAAGAAAACUAUGACAAAGUAUAAAAAAAUCACAUAAAAUUGUAUUUGA